UUUUAGACUUGUGGUUGUUACAAGAUCUUGACAUUCAAUAAUUUAGCUACAAUAACCAAGUAAAAUUGAUUGUUUCCGAUCAUUUCAAUACGGUCAAGCUAAUUUUUUGGUGUUGACAUACGAACCAGCUGAUGUUUUUGGUGUGGUUAUGCGAUGCCGCACGUUAAGAUGAUCGAAUAGUUCUCCAAAGUUCAUGUGUAUUUUUUACUUUUUGUGAUUAAACAUUACCAUAUUUUCGACCUAUAAAUACAGGAUUUUAAGGAAAUAUUGUUCGAAGGAGAUUUGUUAAAAAUGCCGCUCAUCAGAAAACCAAUGCGUUAUGCCCAUCCUGAGGGGCAUACUGACGUUUGUUAUUUUACUGAAGAUAAAGGCCGGCUUAUCACUUGUGGUACAGAUGGAGACGUUAGGUCAUGGGUUAAUUUAAUGGAUGAUGAUCCAUCAGCCAGUUGUGUUUCUGAGCAAGCUACAAUUGUAGUGUCCAAAAAUGGCAAACUUUAUGUUGGGACUGAUAAUAAUACAGUGCAAAUCCUCAAUCACCCAGAACUCGAAAAAGAAGGGAUUGUCACUAGGUUUUCUGCUACUGUAUCUGCACUAGCUACUGCCAAAAACAGCAACUUGAUUGUUUCUGGAUCCUGUGAUAUGAAAAUUCAAGUUUCAAAUAUUAGUACAAAAGACAAUUUUGAAUUAAGUGGUCAUGAAGCUCCAGUAUUCGGCUUGUCACUUGACCCACAAGAAGAAUUUAUUACAUCUUCAAGUGGUGAUGGCACAGUCAGAGUAUGGAGUAUUAAGGACAAGAGAUCAGUUCAUACUUGGAACAAUGUUGUUCCAAAAUGCAAUUCCUUUUUCACAGCUAAAGUUUAUGGUGUUCCAUCCUUCAGUUGUAAGAAUGGAGAAUAUCUCGCUUACCCACAGGGCAGAGAAGUAAUUGUUGUGGAAAGAUCUUCUUGGAAAGAAGUUUUUAAAUUACGAUCUGUAGAAAUAAAAAACGAAUUAAGUAUUUGUAAAUUUUCUGAUUGUGGAACCAUGUUGGCAGCAAGUUCUAGUUAUGGUGAAGUAAUUGUUUGGAACGUCGAAAGUAAAGAGCUGGUUGGAUAUGUUGAACAUCAACAAAAUGCUAAAAUCACUUCUCUUGCAUGGCAUCCACAUGAACCCAAAGAACUUGCGUUUUGCGAUGCUCUUGGUCAGCUCAGCUGUAUUGAAGUUCAAGUGGCAAAAGAAGACAGGACCCUCAGUGAUCUGGCAGCAGAUCCUAUAAUUAAUGGAGACACAGCUGACAGCAACCUUGAUUUUAAUGAUACAGAUGAUGAGGAUGAUGACAAUGUAAUAUCGUUGAGCAAAAUUAAAGCAUCUGUAGCUCUAGAUGAGGAUCAGAAAACUGUAUCUGAUGUAGCAACGGAAAAGAAAGAUGAUGAGAAAAACUACAUGCCAGAAAUUAAUUUGCAAGAACCCUUUCAGCCAGGUUCUUCUCCAUCUCAUCUUUUAUCUCGAUAUAUGGUCUGGAAUGAUGUAGGAAUAGUCAUGUGUUUUACGUCAGAAGACAGGGAAGACAGUAAUAUAGAAGUCAAUUUUCACGAUUUUAAUGUACAUCAUUCCAUGCACAUGAUUAAUCACUUGCAGCACACAAUGGCAGCACUAUCCUCUGAAGCUCUAGUGCUGGCUGGACCACCAUCUCAUGAUACUCCAAGCAAAAUUGUUGUGAUAGCAUUACAAGGCUGGGGGUCUGGAACUAAAGAAUGGACCAUGGAUCUUCCUGAUGGAGAAGCUGCAUUGGCAGUUGCUGCUGGAAGUAACUUUGUUGCUGUUGCAACCAGCUUGAGAACUUUGAGGAUAUUCAUGACUGGUGGUACUCAGAGAGAAGUUAUAGCUUUGCCUGGUCCAGUUGUUGCUAUGAAUGGCUAUGGGAAUAAUCUGGCAGUUGCUUAUCAUUCUAGUAUAGGAACUUCUGGUGAUCAGAUUAUGAGUUUGCUAUGGAUUCGUGUAAGUGGUACAUACUUGAAAAAUAAUACUUUGCCUGUACCACUUUCGCCAGCUGCUAAUUUAAUGUGGCUUGGAUUUUCUGAUCUCGGAUCACCCAUUGUUAUGGAUGCCGAUGGUAUUAUUAAUAUUUUUGACAGAAAAUCAUCGUUAUGGAGAAUUGCCGCUAAUACAAAUAGAAUGAGCAAAGGAAAAUUCGACAACUAUUUUAUAAUCGGCAUCAGCGAGUCCGAUCGAAGUGCACGUUGUAUUUUAUGCAAAGGUAGUCAUUACCCACCUACGGCGCCGCGUCCAAUAGUUGGAGAAAUCCCGUUGACAAUCCCACUUUGUGAGCCUGGAAGCGAAAAGACAGAAAAGGAAUCUGUCGUUUGGCAGCUUGGAAGUAAUCCGACUGACGAGAAAGAAGCUGUGCUCGCCUUGAUUGCUGCCGCUAUGCGUAACAAUGCCGAGUUCCGUGCAGUCGACUUGGUCCAGCAAAUAGCCUCGCAAAAAGUUAUAGAGCUGGCAAUAAAGUACGCAAGACACAUGAACAAAGUGCCCUUGGCCAGGAAAUUCGAAACUAUUGCUGACAACAAAGAUUUUGAAGAAGAUAAUAAAUCAUCAACUCAAGAGGAUAUGUUUAAAGAUUGCGUCGAGCCAGAAGAGGAAGAGCCUGUACUGCUAACUCCGUCCUUUAAAACACCUGAUGUUGAAAUUAAGCCCUUGACUCCAAGUCCGAGGUUUGGUAGAAGAAGUAAUCCGUUUUUAAAGAAAAACAAUACACUUGAACCCAAAGGUCUUCUGGGUCUGGAUGAAAUCAAAGAACCACCAAAAAUUGCUCCUUCACCAAUAAUUACCCCAAAAUCCAAACCAACGAAACCUAAAACUCCUGCCAAAGAAUCGUUUGUCUAUUGGUUUUCCAAUAACAAGGCAAACCUGGAAAAAAAGAUGCCGGACCUAUCUGCGACCGAGCUUACAAAAAAAGCUUUUGCUAUGUAUAAUAACAUAUCGAAAGAUGCAGAAAACAGUUCCGAGUUGGAAGCAGAUGAUGCAGAGGCUAAAAGAAAAAGGAAAAUCGACGAAGUCGAAAGCAGCGAAAGCAACGAACCGAAGCGAUCGGUGAUUAGCAAAUUAUCAGCUUUUGCUCGUGACAAUUAGAACAGCUAUUUAUUUUUACAUCAACA